UCUCUGUAUUUCGUCUCUAUCUCUCUCUGUUCUCCUCUCUGUGUAAGGUUGAGUCAGUGUAACCGUUGAUUUCCAUUAACAGGGAGAAGCCCCUGUUGGGUUCGUUCCAUUGACGAAGCUCUGUAGGGAACAGUAUAACGGGCGAUUUCCAACAAGAACGUAACUAGAAGGCUGUGUUGGUUCCAUUGCUGAAGUGAAGCCCUUCUCUCGAACUAGAUAUGAGUAUGGCCCCAGCGGAAGUUAAAAGGGAAGGUGAUGAUUAUGACAUUCCAAAUGAAGCAGAUGACAUUCGUUUGAUGAAUGAAAGUCGGGCAGAACCUGAUCAUGGUUGCGAAGCUGGUCCGAGCAAUGAAGAAGCAACCAACAUGAACGUUGAAGAUGGCAGAGCCGAUGUGAAAAAAGAAAUGGUUGACGAUGCUCAUCGCAAUGACAUGGUUGGUGAUGUUGAACGUGCUAUUAUGGAACAGAAAUUUGAUUCGGUCGAAGAUAGAGAAGAUUUCUACAAUGCGUAUGCUAAAGUCAAGGGAUUUAGUAUACGAAAAUCCAGAUUUAACACAAAUAAAGAGGGAAGGUCGUUAGUAGGCUGUGGUUGUGUUCAAGGGAAGGUCAGAGAUUACCAAAAUGCUUGGACCGUGUUGCUGAGAAGUGUAGAGCUCCCAAGGCACUAA